AUGGUUAUCCCUAAAGCUAAAGUACCAGAUGUUCUAAAGCUGUACCAUAAUGGUUGUUCAGGAGGCCAUGUGAGAGUUAAACAAACUCUACUGAAGAUCCGAGAACGGUUUUACUGGGUCCACUGUCGUAACUAUGUCGAGGACUGGUGUUGCAAAUGUACAAAUUGUGCGGCUGUAAAGGGAUCUCAGAUUCUUAGUAGAGGUGCACUGAAAUUGUACAAUGUUGGUGCAGCAUGGGAGAGGUUAGCCCUUGACGUUACGGGGCCGUUUCUGAAAAGUGAAUGUGGUAACAAGUAUUUUAUGGUUGUGAUGGAUUACUUCACUAAGUGGCCAGAAGUGUUCGCCAUUACAAAUCAGUUGCAAAUAAACUAG